ACGUAGCAUUUUUGGCAUGACUCAGCUUGCUUGAAACCACAUCAAAGCAGGUACCGAUAAUUUGAGGGAUAAAAUACAGAAGUGGACUAAGGUGCCUGUUUCUUAUGAAUAAAUGAAUGAAUAAAUCAAUCAGAUGUUUAUGGUCAUGAAACAAGAUAAAUAAAUAAAUACAUAAAUAAAGGGGGUGAAUGAGGAAGAAAAUUAUGUUCCUCCUCCUUGCUCCCAAGCAGCGAGCAGUGAUGGAGGUUCAGGAAAAACCUUGAUAAGAAUCAGAUGUCAGACAGUCAUUAACAUAAAUCCACAGGAGGGAAUGGGACCCUCCGUUCAACUCACAACUGAGAGAGAGUCUGCAGCAUCCUGCUUCUAGAGGGGUGAAGGAUAAAGAGAGCAAGCUGUGAGUUUUUUCUUCAGAAACUGAAUGAAGCAAAUUUAUCUGGUUGAGGAUCUGACUAAGGAUGUGAAACCAAAUAAUUUAGAACUGCUAAAAACAUAUAGAACUGAUAUAACAACUGGGACUGAAGUACAUGUGUGAAACUUCCUCAACAUUCACACUGAUUUCUUAAUACAUUUGAAAUAUCUUUAUAAUAAGCAUUUGAAAAUUUAAACUUUCCCCUUACAGCAAAUAUUUUUAGAUUUCAAACAAAACAUGAUAUGUUGGACAAAAUUUUAAAAAGUUUAGUUGAUAUGAAAAGAUUUAAUAGCUCAAAUGUUUCUUAUUACUGUAAAAAGUGGUUACUGUUGGUGGUGAACUACUCUGAUUUGGUUUGUUCUGUGGAAGCGGACAUUGUCCCAAAUGAUCACAUACAGUACAUGUGAUGUGCGGGCCGAGGAUGGUGUUGUUGGCAGUCCAAGAGGAUGUCUUUUAGCUCCUCUAGGAAGGUGAGGAGAUGUGGUCACAGCAUUAGCAACAAGUGUCUUCAAUUUUGAGUCGUUGUGUAUAAUGAAUGACGACAGGUGUGUUCACUGUGUUCAAUUAGUGCUGACUGUGGCAAGCAUUUGGCAUCACAUGAGCUUUCAUUUGAGAAUAUGAGCAGAGUUCUUUUGCAACUUGUGUUUUAGCAAGGAAAAAUGUGUUUAGAUUUAUGAGAAUGGAGGAUUGUGUUUUGUGUAUUGUGUCUUCAUGUGAAAUGUGUUUAUGAUAUUGGAAAAUGAUGGCUAGAUUUAGUCAAUGUGUUUAGACAAAUGGUCAUUUGGUUUAGAGGAUUGGCUUUUGUGUUUUAGCAAUUGAGAAAAACUGUAAUAUAAAUGUACUCAUGACAGCUGAUUCAAAGGGAUUGAAGAGAACUAGCUGAGCCCAUACUGUUCAUGUGAAUCUAGAAAGAUGCCCAGUCACACUUUUUGUCGGUGUAAAACAGAAACACCUGUCGGAAACUGGCAGAUUACUACAGAAAAACUGGGCCACAAGAAGUCAUUCAACAUUUUUCUUUAUCAGAUUUAUUUCAAAUCUUUUUUAUGUCAAUAAAUUAAUCCAGGCUGAUGGUUUCUGACCGUUUAACUCAUCUGUAGUCCGAAAACAGAAAUUUACUCUAACCAGGAAGUUGCCCGAUUAAAGAAGUGAGCUGUUACAUUAAAGUGUAACAUAAAAAAAUCCUACUUUUAAGUUUCUUAACAGGAUCUGUUAUCUCAUUUAAAACCAUCCUCCUUUCUGGAAUACCUGAUAAAAGAGAUUUCUGCUCAGACACCAGAUGGACCAUAAGUAAGCAAACAAUUAGGAAACUUCAAAAACAAGGUUUCUCCUAGAUCCCAGCAGAAUGGGCUGAACUGGUAUAAAGCCAGGAGGGCGGGGACCUGCAGGUGAUGUUAGACGCAUUAGAGACGGAGGCACCUGAGCAGCAAAGAUGAACUAUUUUGCAGUAAUUUUGGUUGCCGUGUGUGUCCGUGUACCGAGCUCCUACUGUGCAUCAAAUCCAAUCGAAUGGUGUUACAAUGACUCAACCUGCAAUGACCUUCAAUGGGCCACCAUUGUUCCUCUGUACUGUAACGGGACCCGCCAGUCGCCCGUCAACAUCGUCUCAGCAUCUGUCACAGAGAACGCCAACCUAACUGCCCUCACCUUUGAGGGCUUUGGCAACACCAGUGCCAUGAAUUUUAUACAAAACACAGGAAAGACAGUCCAAGUGACCUUUAAACCAGGGGUUAAAAUUUCAGCAGGAGACCUACCUGCCACUUACGACACCCUGCAGCUCCAUUUGCACUGGGGAAACGGGACCGCUGUCCCUGGCGCUGAACACACUGUGGAUGGAAAGCGAUAUCCCAUGGAGGCUAGAUGCCUCCAAGGCGUAUCACUGCCCUCUGCUGUUCCCACAGCAUUUUCUCUCUUCGUCAUGUUGCACAUCGUAAACAGCAAGUUGACCUACAAUCGGAACACAACUCUUGCUUUCAAAGACUCUUUAGGAUUUGCUGCUCUGGGCUUCUUUAUUGAGGAACUCACAGGUACAACUGGCCAGCCUGCAAGCUGGAAAAUCUUAACCUCACUGUUGGCUAACAUCUCAGUGGCUGGACAAUCAGUGGAGGUGCCGGCUGGGAUUUCUCUGGACGAUCUCCUGGUUGGAGUGGAUCGUACCAAGUAUUACCGCUACCUCGGCUCCUUGACCAACCCAAACUGUAAUGAGGCUGUUAUUUGGACUGUCUUCAAGGACACAAUUAAAGUCAGCAAAGACCUCAUUGACCUUUUCAGCACGUCGCUGCACAUCAACGACGGCUCCUCUCCUCUGAUGGUUAAUGUCUAUAGAAGCAUCCAGCCUGCACAGCCAGUCUCCACACAACCCAAGUCCUCUUCCACCAGAACAGGCUUCUCCUUGGGUCUGAUGGUUCUUUGCCUUGUUCUCAGGUGGAUCUAAAGCACGAAUCAGAGAUGAAAUCAAAAUGUUGCCAACACUGCUGCUCCUGUUUUGAUGGCAUCUGCACAGAAGGAGGAUAAGUCCUCUAGACGUUGAGCCUUAAUAAAACAAUCCUUUAGUUUCCAGCAUGAAAUUAACUAUUGAUAAACUAUAUAUAACCUAUUCAUUAUCACUCGUAUCUGAAGCACUAAAUAAUUCAGAUUUAUUUUGUCUUUAUAACAAUAAAGCCAGUUUUCUCAUGAAAAUAUUAUGCUUGUAAAACUAUUUGCACUAAGUUGAACACUGAAACUUAAGCUUGUGUAAAA